CCAAUAUAUCCGGACAAAGAACUGAGUUUUCGUAAGAAUAGGUGUUAUGAGACAAAGGAUGAACAAACAGACUUCUAUAAUACGCUGACAAUGACUCCAUACAAACGGUUUCAAAGACCUGGAGUGAAGGAAGGGUUCAGUACAAUGGAUGACCCGCUUUAUAUAAACGUGAGUUUGGAUAUGAGUUCGUUGGCGUCCAUCGACGACUUGAACUCAGAAUACAGUCUCGUAUUGACGAUGGACUUGGAGUGGUAUGACGAGCGCCUCCAUUUUGACUGUUCAGAUGAGGACAUACCGGUGGUGUUAAGUAUGGAGCCGGGACAACAUUCCAGGAUAUGGACUCCUAAACUGGGUGUUCCCGGUGUUAAAGAGCCCGGCUCUGCUGAAUUUAACUCUCAAACUGUGAUUGCUUUCAAACUCGGAACCAAUGGCUAUAUAUUUAUUAGAUCCCGACUUCAACUGAAGCUCUUCUGUCAGCUAUACUUCGAGAACUAUCCGUUCGACUCACAGAAGUGUUCAGUGAAACUGGAGGUCAGGGGUCUGCCCGACGAGAAUGUAUGGCUUCGGUGGCGGGAAUUGGAUGCCUUCCGGAAUGCCGAGCGCUUCCAUAUGAGUGGCUUUUAUCUCAUAGGCUAUGAACUGCUUAACGAUUCCGUUCAGGUCCUCGACCUCUUUGAAGACGAUAGGGUCUCACGAGUCAUUGUUACGCUACAUAUGCAGCGGGAAUGGCAUCACUUUAUACUCGAUGUGUUUCUCCCAUCAGGACUUUUUGUGAUGAUGUCGUGGCUGUCAUUCUGGUUGGAAAUAAGUGCCGCUCCCGCGAGGGUUACAUUGGGGGUGACAACUAUGCUAACAUUGGUUACUAAUUCGAUGUCAACGCGAGAGAAAUUGCCAAAAGUCAAAUACAUCCACUCAUUGGACAUAUGGAUAACAUUCUGCACUUUUAUAGUGUUUGCGUCUCUCAUAGAGUUUGCAAUCGUUAGUUAUCUGUACCGCUCGGACAAGAAU